CGCGGUCACGUGCCCUCCGACGGUCACGUGCCGCCGCGGUCACGUGACGGAGCCGCUCCCUGCAGCGAUGGCGGAGCCGGCGCAGCCCGGGGGUGGCGACGAGGACCCCCCGGAGCCGCCCCUGGCCGAGCGCUGCCGGAACGACGCCGCCUUCUGGCUGCUGGGGCUCUGCAACAACACCCCGUACGUGGUGAUGCUCAGCGCCGCCCACGACAUCCUGCGGCCCCCCGAGAUGCCGCCAGCCCCCCGGAACGGCUCCCGCUACGACUGCAGCCCCAUCUCCACUGGGGCGGUGCUGCUGGCCGACAUCCUGCCCACGCUGCUGAUCAAGCUGGCCGCCCCCUUCUGCAUCCACCUCCUGCCCUACAACCUGCGCGUCGUCGCCGUCACCGCCGCGGCGUGGGGCAGCUUCGCGCUCGUGGCCGCCGCCGCCGGCGUGGCCGUCAGCCUGGUGGGCGUGGUCCUGGCCAGCGCCUCCUCGGGGCUGGGGGAGGUGACGUUCCUGGCGCUGAGCUCCCUGUACCCCAGCUCGGCGCUGUCCUGCUGGUCCUCGGGCACGGGGGCGGCGGGGCUGGGGGGGGCCCUGGCCUACCUGGGGCUGACGCAGGCCGGGCUCAGCCCCCCCCGGGCGCUGCUCCCGCUGCUGCUGCUGCCGCCGCUGACGCUGCUCAGCUACUUCUGCCUCCUGCGGCCCCCCCAGGCUCCCCCCCCGGCCCAGGAGCCGCUGCUGGGGCCCGGCCCCGAUGUGGGGCUGGGGGCGGCGCAGAAGUGGAAGGUGGUGAAGAGGAUCUUCAAGCACAUGGCGCCGCUCGGCUUCGUCUACUUCGCGGAGUACUUCAUCAACCAGGGCCUGCUGGAGCUGCUCUACUUCCCCGAGUCCUCCCUGACCCACAGCGAGCAGUACCGCUGGUACCAGCUGCUGUACCAAGCCGCCGUCUUCGCCUCCCGCUCGUCGCUGCGCUGCUGCCGCUUCCGCCCCAUCUGGGUGCUGGCGCUGCUGCAGGGGCUGACGGCGGGGGUGCUGCUGGGGGCCGUGGCCGCCCCGUUCCUGCCCGGCCUCGGCGCCGCCUUCGCCCUGGUGCUGCUGGAGGGGCUGCUGGGGGGCACGGCCUACGGGAACGCCUUCCUCAACGUGCGCACGGAGUCCCCCCGGGCCGAGCGCGAGUUCGCGGCCGCCGCCGGCUCCGUGUCCGACUCCGCCGGGAUCGCGCUGGCGGCGGGGGCGGCGCUGGGCGCGCACCGGGCCUUCUGCCCCGCCCCCUGACCGCGCCCCCGCCCGGCCAC